UCUCUAUUUUCUUUUCUUUUCUGCAUCGUUCUCUGCGACGCUCAAACCUAAUCGAAACCAAAACCUCAAAUGGUUUCUCUGACGGGAAAAUCUAGAGUGGGUUCAACUCGAGCCUCUAUAGGUGGCCAAUCUCGUCCCAGUGUGGGUGGUAGGAAUUUCAAAGUUUUUUCGGAAAAUGACCGGAGUAAUGUCGGUGAUGGGCUCAUGAAAUCUGCAAGAGAAGCAGGUGCAACUUUAAGGAGUGCUAUAGUAGCUAACAAAGGUGUUAUUCCGAAUAGCUCCAGUAAUCCAAAGGGUGGUUUCAAAAGUAUGAAGAAAAGUAGUGGCAAAUAUGGUACUUCUGGUAAUGCAAAUUUAAAUGUGAGAAAGGCAUUGGCUGAUGUUAGCAAUGUUCAAGGAAACUCUGCAACAGAUAUUCGGCGCCAUAGCUCCAAAAUGAAGUUUUCAGCUGGUUCAAGCACUAAAAUAGUUGGUGUCUCUUUGAGGAAAUCCUUCACAGAAAGAGUGCAAACAAAUACAAGUCAAGCUCAUGUUCAGUUUGAUGCUCCCAAAAGAGUUGGCACAAAUUUGAGGGCAUCUUUAGAUGAUCAGAAGAAUAAUACAAAUGGAGGUCAAUCAGUUGUCACAAAUAACAGGUUUGCAAGGAAGCCUGUAUUACCUACAACUACAAGCACUUCAAGGAAGUCUUUACCAGUACCAAGGAGGGUUAGCAGGGCAGAUAUCAGUAACACAAAGGAAAAUGCUAGAAGUUCUGAAACAGCAAAAGGGCAAAGUGGUCUCCCCAGUAAGCCAACAGCAGACAGAAGAGCUAGUUCCCAAUUAAUUAAUGCAAGAAGCCUUGUCUGGAAGACUCAAGUGAGUGAUGGCUUUGUUCAAAUGGGUCAAACUAACGUUUUACAUACUUCCUCAAGGAAGUCCACCAAGCCUACUGUAAAGAUCACACUCAAGGCUUCUACCACUCAAAGGACUAUAAAAUCUAAAUCAAGAUCAGGUCAGAUCAAAUCAAAACCAAAUGCUGCAAUGUCAUCGAAGGAUGAAGAAACAGAUUCUUUGUCUCUUCCUGAGAAUGGUUUAGCGAUAAUUUCUGAUGAUGCAAGUAAAAGGCAUCCUCCUUCUGAUGGAAAGAGUAACCUGAGAACAGAUUUGUCAGACUUCAUUCCAAGGAAAAAGUCCACCCGCCGAAAAUCUUAUACAACUUCAUUAAUGGAAAGAUCUAAGUUUCUCAAGGAAAGUGGUGAAGUUAGGGAGCAGGAUAACCUACCAAAUAUAGAUAAUGAAUGCAAUCAACUAGAAGUCUCUGAAUAUAUUGAUGAGAUAUAUCAGUACUAUUGGAUUACCGAGGCACUUAAUCCAGCUUUGACAAAUUACAUGUCAACUCAGACAGACAUCACACCUAAUAUGCGGGGCAUAUUGAUCAACUGGCUAAUUGAAGUACACUUUAAAUUUGAUUUGAUGCCAGAAACACUGUAUCUCACAGUUACAUUGUUGGAUCAAUACCUUUCCCUAGUGACUAUCAAAAAGACUGAUAUGCAGUUAGUCGGUCUUACGGCACUUUUGUUGGCUUCAAAGUAUGAGGAUUUUUGGCAUCCUAGGGUCGAAGAUUUAACAAGCAUCUCAGCUGAGUCAUAUACCAGAGAUCAAGUGCUUGGAAUGGAGAAGCUUAUUCUUAGAAAAUUGAAGUUCCGUCUUAAUACUCCUACUCCUUACGUUUUUUUGGUGAGGUUUCUCAAGGCUUCACAAUCUGAUAAGAAGCUUGAACACAUGGCAUUCUUUCUCAUUGACCUAUGCUUAGUUGAGUAUGAAGCUUUAGCAUUCAAGUCUUCCUUACUAUGUGCAUCAGCUCUCUAUGUUGCACGUUGUACUCUGCAAAAAACCCCACCAUGGACCCCUCUCCUUCACAAGCAUGCGCGUUAUAAAGUUUCACAGAUCAGGGAUUGUGCGGAUAUGAUAUUGAAAUUCCAUAAAGCUUCCGGGGUGGGAAAGUUAAAGGUUACACAUGAAAAGUACUCCAGACAGGAACUCAGUAGGGUUGCAGCAGUGAAACCGUUGGAUAGGCUACCCCUGUGAUUUCACUUGUGCUAUAGUUAUACUUCUGUAGAGUAUGAUA